ACAAUAGUGUCCCUAAAUUGAUUGCACACCUAUAUUCAAGUCUUUUCAUGGAGAAGGUAGAGGUUUUCAUCGUCGGAGCAGGUCCUUCUGGGCUUGCCACAGCAGCAUGCCUAAGCAAACUCUCUAUACCAUAUAUCAUUGCUGAGCGUGAAGAUUGUGUUGUGUCGUUAUGGCACAAACACACAUAUGAUCGCCUCAAGCUCCACAUCGCCAAAGAGUUUUGUGAGCUACCCCACAUGGCAUACCCAACUGAUUCGCCGACCUACCUUCCCAAAGAUCAGUUUUUAAGGUAUAUGGAGGAUUAUGUCAAGCACUUCAAUAUAUCCCCAAAGUUUAAUACUACAGUUGAGUCAUGCAUGUACGAUGAGGUGAGAAAAUGUUGGGUUGUCACGACACAUAACAAGGUGGAUGGCCCAACUAUGUAUGCAUCCAAGUUCUUGGUUGUAGCAACAGGUGAAAAUAGUAUGGGAUAUGUUCCAGAGAUUGUUGGCCUACAAAGCUUUCCUGGUGAAACAAUCCACUCAUCAAAUUACAAGUCUGGAAAUGAUUAUGUUGGGAAAAGCGUUCUUGUUGUUGGAUGUGGGAACUCUGGCUUUGAGAUUGCACAUGAUCUUGCAGUGCAUGGAGCUAAUACUUCCAUCAUUAUUCGUAGUCCGGAGUUGAUCCACCUGGGCAUGGUACUCUCAACGUGGCACCUUCCACUGAAGCUUAUAGAUCUUAUUCUUAUGAUCCUCGCAUAUAUCUUAUUAGGUGAUUUAUCAAAGUAUGGAAUUGUGAGGCCUAAUAUUGGUCCACUCACCCUAAAAGCAAAAACUGGUCGGUCUGCUAUCAUAGACACUGGCACCACUAAGCUAAUAAAAAAAGGUGAUAUCAAGGUAUUCGGUCCAAUAUCAUGCAUUCGAGGAAAUCUCAUAGAGUUUGCGGAUGGGAAUGAGAGGUACUAUGACGCUAUUGUGUUUGCCACAGGUUAUAAAAGCACUGCCAAUAUAUGGCUCAAGAACGACAUGAGUAUGCUAAAUAGUGAUGGCAUACCCAAAAAUGACUUCCCCAACCACUGGAAAGGUGCAAAUGGACUCUACAGCGUCGGCUUUGCAAGGAGGGGAUUGGCUGGUAUUGCACAUGAUGCCAAUAUUGUUGCAAGUGACAUCCAUACCAAUAAGGAAAUGCCAUAUUUUAAUUAG